AUGGCCAACUCUCAGCCCCCAAGCUUUGCCAAUGAAGAGUAUGUAGUGGGAUGGAUAUGCGCUCUUCCUGUCGAGAUGGCAGCGGCAAAAGGCAUGAUGGAUGAAGAGCAUGGAGAGCCACGCACCCCGCCAGCCGACGCAGAUCAGAACACGUACAUAUUGGGCUCCAUGGGCAAGUUUAAGAUUGCCGUAGCGUGUCUACCAAUGCACCAAGUCGGAACAAGCUCCGCUGCUGUAGCUGCGAGGGAUAUGCUAUUUACGUUUCCAAACAUUCGUAUUGGCUUGUUGGUUGGUAUUGGAGCGGGUGUUCCAGAUGAAAACAACGAUAUUCGUUUGGGCGAUGUUGUCCUCAGCAGUGAUGCAAAGAAUGGAGGAGUUAUCACAUACGACUUUGGGAAGAAACUUGCGGAUGGUUCUUUUGAGAGCAUAUCUGCAUUGAAUCGCCCUCCUAGAUCAUUGGCAACUGCUCUUGGAAAGCUCAAAGCGGAGCAUGAAAUGCGAGAGAAUAAAAUCUUGUCUUAUGUUGAGGAAAUGUUGCGCAAAUACCCGUUCAUGCGAAAGAGAAAAUACUCUCGCCCUGAGCAGGCGUUAGACCAGUUAUUUCGAUAUGACUAUCUGCAUGUCCAGGGGGCAACAUGCGCGACAUGUGACCCAUCGAAAGCAAUAACGCGCGAGCAGCGAUUCGAUGACAACCCUCUCAUCCAUUUUGGAACUAUUGCUUCUGGCAAUACAGUGGUCAAAGAUGCCAUAAUGCGAGAAGAGAUCAAGGAAAAGCACGGGGCGAUCUGCCUGGAGAUGGAAGCAGCAGGUAUCAUGAACAAUUUUCCAUGUAUCGUCAUUCGUGGGAUCUCGGACUACGCCGACUCGCACAAAAACGAUGACUGGCAACCAUUUGCGGCAGCGGCAGCGGCAGCUUGCGCAAAAGAGUUCCUUGAGCAGGUUCAGCCCAAAGCCGUCGAUGGAGAACCUGCAGCAAAAGACACCUUGAAAAAAGUUCAUGACGAGGUGCUGGGGAUAAGCAAGUUCGUGACGACAGAGCAAACUUGGCAAAUUCUGCAAUGGAUCACCCAUCUGGAUUUCGUUUCUCAGCAAAAUGACAUGCUCAGUCGAAGACAAGAAGGAACAGGCCUCUGGCUUAUUGGCUCUCAAGAAUUCGAACAGUGGUUGAGCCAGUCUAGAAAGACGUUGUUUUGCCCUGGGAUCCCAGGGGCUGGAAAGACAGUCAUGAGCUCUAUCAUAAUUGAUCAUUUGAAUAGGAGAUUCGCAGAUGACCCGAAUGUGCACAUCGCGUGGAUAUUCUGCAGCUAUCAGCCACAUCAAGCGCAAACCACCCUAGAUCUUCUGCUAAGUCUCCUUAAACAACUGGCUUUGAAAGGUUCGUCGGUUGCACCACACAUUGUGAAACUUUACAGCCAGCACAACAGCCAAAAUACACGCCCAAAUCAGACUGAAGUCCAAGUGGAGCUCUUAAAAUUGGCAAAAGACUCUGAUAAGGUGUUCAUUGUAAUGGAUGCGCUCGACGAGUAUUGUUCCUGGAAUCUGGAAGAGAUGCAGCAAUUUUUAUCCGCUAUUUUCAGACUUCAACAAGAGGCAAAUGUUAGUAUCUUCGCAACUUCCCGGUUCAACUCAGACAUCACGAGCCUUUUUCCGAACAGCGUAUCAAAGGAGAUUAGAGCGCAGCAAGGGGACAUUUUGACCUACGUGAAUAAUCGGAUGCCUCGACUACUGCUCUCAAAUAUAUCGGGACAUACCGAAGUUCAAGAACAGGUUAGGAGGAGCAUUGUGAAGGCUGCGGAUGGGAUGUACGUUGGAGAUAAUCUGUUGAUUUAUGUAUACGUGGCUAAUAUCCUGACAAGGUUUCUGCUUGCAAAACUCCACAUGGAUCAUUUGAUGGGGUGUCCGAGCGUCGGAGACCUUGAAGAAGCCUUAUCGACGUUGCCUUACGGUCAAAAGGGGCUGUUUACAGCCUAUGAUCAGGCCAUCAGCAGGAUUCAGUACCAAAAAGAGGCCUUCCGCCGAAUGGCAUUUAGGGCAUUGUCAUGGUUGACCUUCAGUAAGAGGGCUCUCUAUGCACAAGAGUUACAACACGCCCUUGGUACCAGAUCUGGCGACAAAACCUUGAACAAGAAGUUCCUUCCUGCAAUUGAGAUAAUGGACUCAUUGUGCGCUGGAUUAGUUGUUCUCGACCGAGAAAGUGGCACCAUCCGUUUAGUCCACUACACGACAAAGGAAUAUCUGGCAGAAACCCAUGUUCUCCACGAUGCAGAAGUCGAAAUUACCAAAACGUCCCUCACAUAUCUUUCAUUCGACGAAUUCUCCUCUGGACGGUGCUCAAACAAAGAGGACUUUGGAAUUCGACUGCAAAUAUUUCCCCUGUUUCAUUACUGUGCUGAGAACUGGGGAUUUCACGCCUCAGCAGCCUUGAAAUUUUCAGCAGAAAUAAAGAGCGUGAUACACACCUUUCUCGAUAAGACAGAGAAUAUUUCCGCUGCAAGCCAAGCUAUGAUGUAUCGUUCGUUCCGCAAUUUGGAGGGGUCACAUUGGCUAUCCGUGCUCCCGCGCAGACUCACGAAAGUACACCUCGCCGCACACUUUGGUCUUACAGACAUACUUGAGAUCUAUCUUGAUUCCAAUGAUGAUAUGGAUUCUAAAGAGUCUCGAGGAAUGAGUCCACUCGCCUAUGCGGCCCACGGAGGCUGGUUUAACGCUGCCAAAACACUGCUUGAUUCGAGAAGGGUUGAUCCAAAUGCAACAGAUCGUUAUCGCUGGACACCCCUGCUUCUUGCUCUUUCCGCCGGACAUGAGAGAAUUGUGGAGCUUCUGUAUAGUCACGGGGCUUGUCUAGAUAUCGAGGAUAUGUGGGGCUAUUCGCCUUUAUGCCAUGCAGCCCGUAUCGGGCACAUAGAGCUGAUGCGCUUCUGUCUCAAUAAUGGUGCGGAGAUAAAUUCACGUUGUUCUCCAAAGACGGGCGACGAAGGUACACCGCUGAUGCUGGCACGGUGCUCAGGUAACAAUAAUGCUGUGCUUUUUCUUUUGGAAAAAGGAGCGAACCCGGACUAUCCAAAUGAGCACGGCACAACACCUCUAUCUGCAGCGGCACGGGAAGGGGAUGAAGAGGUUGCCAAAUUGCUUUUAGAAUGGGGCGCUGCUGCAAAUCCAAUCCAAAAUCUCGGGACGACACCUUUAUUCCAUGCAGUCUGGGGAGGGCACGACAAAAUAGUCAAGCUACUCCUGGUGGCAAAUGGGAAUACAGGCGUAGGCCAGGUUAUGAUGGAUGGGUUGUUGAGAACUGCGUCAGGGGUUGGCCAGAUAAAAACACUUCAGCAUUUGCUAGAGUAUGGAGCUGAACUAAACCCACAAGAUCAACACUCAGAGACUGCUCUACUUGCCGCCGCCAGGGAGGGCCAUGAAGAAUCAGUGAGGUACCUUCUACAGAGCGGUGCUGACCCAACUAGACGUAAUAAGUCUGGGGAGAAUGCGCUACUUGUUGCAACAAAACAUAACCACGUAUCCGUGGUCAAUCUCCUACUCGAAGCGGGGAUUGAAGUUGGCUCCCAAGAUAUCACGGGAAACACUGCUUUAUUCUUCGCCGCCGAAAGCGGAAGCGACGAUAUACAAAAGGAGACCCCCAUGCAUAUGGCACUAUGGUAG